AUGUUCUGGCUUCUUUUGAUCUGUAAUCCUGCUAACCACUCAUCUCAAUACCGCAACCAAAACUGCAUGCUCUUCUGGGGAAAACCACCUCUCUCAUUGAGGAGAAUGGAGUGGAACCUGACAGCAAUCGCACGUGUACCAAAGCUGGACAAGGUGGACACACAGACUCAAGGGGCUUGGGCCCAAAAGGAGGUGAUGAUGGCCAUGGGAAAGCGCAGACAUGCAAGCAUGAGGGGCUCUGGUCAGAGAGGUGUUGGAGAAUGGAUAUCUGUUCCCAUUGGUAUAGAGUUUAACAGCCUAUACCGGCAUGGUCAAACGGGCAAGUUGUGUAAUGGUAGCACACUGAGAGGUCCUGGUUUCGAUGCCAGGCUUGUCCAUGAUUUUAUGUCCUUGUCUUGUGACCUUAACUGUAUCAUUCAGUUGGAUCUCAUGGACCACGGUACAUCAAUUUGGAGGCUAACACCCCAAAUUGAGGGCGAGUGUUGGAAUAUGGGAUGGAGUAACCUCCCUGGCAUAACGGGCGAGUAG